AUGCCCUGCUCACAGUACAUCGGUUGCCAAAAUAACCAACAUUGUGAAGCGCAUGGUACAUAUUUCAACAAUUAUUCAAAUUCGGUGAACUGCAGUCCCAUCUGCGCUGUCUCGAGUGCCUCGGGGCUCCUUGCAACCCACGGCCCAAACACACCGUUUCCCUCGGCGCAGUUCGAAUCGGUUAUUGAGAAUUACAUGAGGAAUAUGCUUCGACCCGAGGUCUUCACUAAACCUCCACAAUCCAUGUCCCCACCCCCGCAAACUGAAGGAUCAAUGAGCGCGUCUUUCUGGGAUGACAAUAUUGACCCUAAUCUACCCCCGCUAAAUCCUGUGACAUAUCAGGCAGAAUGCCGUCCAGCUGGAGACCAGAGUCCCUAG